UAGAUCUCUCGCCGUUUAAGCUUCAGACAAGGAUGCUAAGAACACAGAGGAAAACUUUGCACAGAUUUUGGGAAUUUGUGGUAAUCUUUUGUGCCAGGGAUGACAGUGGGAAACCUGAAACAAAGUGCUGCCGGUACAGACCACAGGAUUAUGCUGGCUGCAAUGAUUAAAACAACGCUGGUCUGUUUCUUGGUUCAAAGUACUGGAAGCUUGGUCCUCAGUGCAACAUGUUGGGAUGAGCGCCUCGACGAUGCAGAAGGUAACAGCAGCUGUACAGUUUUCCAGCCUUUCCUCCUGUUUGGCCAUGGAAAAUCAAUCCAUCGGAUGGACCUGGAUGGCAAGAACCACAGAAGGCUUGCUGCUGGUGUGGGAAGCUCUGUCCUGCUCGACUUUCAUUACAGAGAAGAGAGGAUUUAUUGGGCUGACAGGAGAACAGGAGUCAUCUACAAAGCAUCAGUGAGAGGAGCACAGCGACAGAAACUUCACUCAUCUGAUAAAUACAUCUCAGGCCUGGCGGUGGACUGGAUGGGAAACAGUGUCUACUGGACAAACAGUAGAAAGGGCGAAAUAAAGAAAAUGGAUCUGAAUGGAAAAACUAAGAGGACCAUUUUAAGACACUUGCUUAUGCCUCGUUUUAUUAAUGCUGAUCCCGCUAACAGGUUUUUGUUUUGGCUUUCUGGUGAGACAACUUCAGAAAUCCAACGAUCUGAUCUCACAGGACAAAUGAAAAUGACUGUUGUGAAGAUAGCAGAGGAAAUUAGAGCUCUGUCAAUCGACCGAAAAGACAAAAGGUUGUUCUGGGUUGAAGUUGGUCGCCUGGGUGAGAGCUCCAUUGCUUCCUGUGAUUACAGCGGAAGCUCCCUGCACAUCAUGGACCUGCCACUUCAGGUCCAGUCAAUUUGGAUUGCAGUUUUUCUGGAGAACAUCUAUUACACAGAUGCUGCAGCCCGCAUCAUAAAGAAAAUAAACAAAUACGUUGGAGGACAACCAGGGAACGUUAAUAAUAAACCGCUGGUCAAACCUCCUGUGGAUAUAAAGGUGGUGCAUCCUCUCAUCCAGCCAGCGGCAAACACUAUGUCAUCCUUUUCAGGCUGCAGUGACCUGAGUGGGGACUGCAUGAGCGUGUGUUCCCAUUUGGAGGACCAAGGGCGUUGCCAGUGCUCUGAAGGCUUUGCUCUCAGUAAGCAUGGCACUCAUUGUGAAGAUGUGAAUGAAUGCGCCCACUGGAACCACGGCUGCUCUCUUGGUUGUGAAAACAUCCCAGGCUCCUAUUUCUGUACUUGUCCCAAUGGAUACACCCUCCUACCUGAUGGUAGGACAUGCCAAGAAAUAACACCAUGUGAAAGCAACAUAAAGUGCGGCCAUGGAUGUAUAGCAACAGAACAUGGUCCCAUGUGUGUCUGUCCUGAGGAUUCUAUUCUACAGGAAAAUGGACACGCCUGCACUGGUUGCUCUUCAGCAGACAGAGGUGGCUGCAGUCAGCUGUGUACCCCAGUCAGACCAAACCGCUGGCAGUGUGGAUGUCUGUCUGGUUACAAGCUCCACAAUGAUGGUAAACGCUGCAUUGCAACUGGACCUCCAGCCUUUCUAAUUGUCGCCAAUCUAAUGGAUGUUAGAAGAAUGAACCCUGAUGGAACUGAGGAACAAACUUUGGUUAAGGAACCCAGAGGAAUCAUCUUAGCUCUGGACUAUGACCCUGUCCACCACCAUGUUUAUUAUGCCAGCACAAGCCAGAAGACUAUUGAGCGGGUUGAUAUGAACACUGGGACCAGAAACAUUCUUGUAUAUAAUGGUUUAGACUCUCCAGAAGGACUGGCAGUUGACUGGAUCCACCGCAACAUAUACUGGACUGAUAAAGGUAAGUCAGCUGUUGACUGCAGUACUUUGGAUGGAGGGAACAGGAAAACAGUUAUAAAGGAGAGGCUGCAAAAGCCAAGAGGAAUAGCAGUUCAUCCACAAGCAAAGAGGUUAUUCUGGACUGACACAGGCUCCCGGCCUGUGGUAGAAAGUGCCACUCUGGAGGGAAGUAACCGUGUUAUUAUUGCCAGCACCCGCCUUUUGUCACCAACUGGUCUGACCAUCGAUUUCAUAGACAAUCGGCUCUUCUGGUGCGACCAGAUAAGGGGCCUAAUAGAAACGGCUGCUUUGGAUGGUUCUGAUCGACAGAUUCUAUCAGAGAACCAAGUAGGACGUCCGUUUGACCUGGUGGUUUUUGAAGACAGGCUGUGGGUCUCUGAGUGGGAACACCAGCAGAUACGGAGCAUACACAAGCGGACAGGGAAGAAGCUUCAGCGUAUCCAUGGCAACUUCUUUCAGCCAGCAUCAGUUGUAGUGGUACACCCUCUUGCUAAACCAGGGGCCGAUGCUUGUUUUUACUUAAACCAAGGAUGUGCUCAGGAGUGUGAAAGCAAGCUGGGAUUUUCCCGCUGCUCCUGUUUGCCAUACUUUACCCUGUCAGCUGAUGGAAAAAACUGCUUAUCUGUCAAUGCUUCAAAUGUAACUGCAGAAUCUGAAGAGAGUGAAAGUUCUGGUUUAACGUCUCUCAAAAACAAAACCUUACAUGAGGACAGUGAACCACCGAUGGGUAAUAAUAGGAACGCUGACCUCCAUUCAGAUGGGGGCAGUGAACCAGCUCUGUUUACUGAAAAGAUGAUUUCAGAUAAGAAGGACUGCUUCUCGCUCCUCUGUGCUGUAAACGCCACGUGUCUGCUGGAUGCUGGGCACCCCCGCUGUUUAUGUCAGGAAGGUUUUACAGGUGAUGGACGAACAUGCCUGGCACUAGAGACCACCUCACCCUGGGCAACAUCUCAAAGCCACAUUGAUGUGACCACCCAGCGCCACAAAAGCAACCCAGCAGAGAAGUGCCCCCCCAGCCAUGAUGCUUACUGUCUGUAUUAUGGAGCCUGCAUUUACUUUCCUGAAAUGGACUCCUAUGCCUGCAAUUGUGUACCAGGCUACAUGGGGGAAAGAUGUCAGUUCAGUGACCUGGAAUGGUUGGAGCUCCAGCGGGCUGAGAAGGAGAAAGAAAGGAAUCUGCUGGUUGCUAGUUGCAUGGUGGCGCUUAUUUCCCUCCUUUCUAUCACCGCCUGUAUCACCUACUGUUUCCGAGCUAGAAGACUGAACCUCAAACAGGCCUCUGUGGAUAACGUGAGUGAGGUCAGUGCGACUGAUGAGAGCAUGUUUGAGACUUCCACCACCAGUGUUCCUCAGAUCUACAUGGUAGCAAACCAUCAUGGGAACAUUGGUGCCAACCAACUUCAUCCAAGGAGAGACGUUUGUGUAUUAAGCUCUACAGAAACAGGCAGCAACCCUCUGGCAAAAGAGUCAGCAACAACGCUAAAAGAUGACGAAGGAUGUGAGAGUUCAGUGCUUUCAGCAGCCACCACAGAUACAAUCCAAUCAACAAAUAGUCAUUCAAGUGCAUCUCUAUCACUAUUUAAUAUUGGAAAUUCCACAUCUAUCAAACCAGAGAGAGACUUCAUUACUCCCGGCCCAGCCUUGUGUCCUUCCUGA